AUGGCGGCAUCUACGUACAAUGGCUACAUUAGGGAGUUUAACCCUAAAGAGUGUAACUGGACCAUUUACAAAGAGAGGCUGUUUCAGUUUUUCAUUGUAAACAAUGUGGACAAACAAGAGAUAAAAAGGGCGUUAUUGUUAAACGCCUGCAACGAAGAGAGUUAUCAGUUAAUAAGUAAUCUGUGUGUGCCAAAUUCUCCCGAUGCAACGGACUUCAAGGCUUUAAUUGAAUUGUGUGAUAAACAUUUCGCACCACAAAAAGCGUUGUUUCCAGAACGUUUUAAGUUUUAUCACGCAAAUCGAAACGUGGACGAAACCAUCAUGGACUGGGCGGCUAGGGUAAAAAACUUAGCGUCCAAAUGUAAAUUUGGAUCUGAAUUAAGUGUUGCGAUGCGUGAUAAGUUUAUAGUUGGCAUGGAGGAUAAAGCAAUUUUGAAUCGUCUAUUUGAGGAAGACGUGAGUACAUUAACGUUAGAUAAAGCAAUUGAUAUCGCGUUAAGUAAGGAAGCAGUAUUAAAGAACUAUGAGGCAAGUGCUAAUACGGUAAUUAAACAAGAACCCAUGGAGGUGUACAAAACUUCUCAGCAAUGGGCGACCGACAAGCGUAAGGGGAGCAGCAGUAACCAGAGAGCAGAGGCUGGAUCUGCAGGAGCAUCCCGUGCGGCGUCCAGAAGAGGAGGGCGCAGCAGCGGUCCACAAGGGAAAGUUGGUCAGGACGCUCAAUGUGCUGUAUGUGGUAAAAAUCACGGUCAAAAAAUGGAAAUUUUUAGGGAAUGUGAGAAGGUGUUUGCAAACACAUUAGGUAAAUUUACUAAAGGCAAAAUAAAAUUGAAUUUAAAAGAGGCUGCCAUUCCAAAAUUUCAGAAGGCUAGAGUUUUACCUUUCGCAAUGCGGGAAAAAGUAGAAAAAGAAAUUGCGAGGUUAGUCGAUAUAGGAGUUUUGGUUAAAGUAGAUUACAGCGAAUGGGGAACGCCCGUAGUUCCAAUUUUGAAAAAAGACGGAUCCAUUAGGCUUUGUGGUGACUAUAAAGUCACUCUCAACCCAUCUUUGCAAGAGGAACCUUAUCCUAUACCACGAGUAGAAGAACUGUUUGCUAAGUUGUGUAAUGGUUUUCGCAGGCCUACUCUCAAAUCGAGUUAG